UGGAACACUCAGCAUCAGCACCAAUUAAUUGACCGUAUUCGAAGAUCCUCUACUCGACUGAUUCACUCGCGGGUAAGACCAACCCGCCUGUCACCAUUUACAGUAGAAGUUAACCCCGCCCUCUCUGGCGUCCAGUCAACCAAUCACACUAACGGGGACGGGUUUCCUGAACUUGGAAUAAACUGAAAUCUGUUACAGUUUGUCAGGCUCGAACCUUACCGGAAUGCACAAGCUGCAGAAAAAGUGAACGAACCAACACAGAAAGAUGCAGGCAGACGAAAUGGAGAGCUCCAUGGAGUCCCCUAACCUGGAGUUUGAGUAUGGGGACACAGACAGCCUGACCACUGAACUCUCAGAGAUAUACAGUUACACGGAGGAGCCCGAGUUCGCCCUCAACAGGGACUACUUUGAGGAGGAUUUCAGGAGCCAUGUGCGGGGAAGGAGGUGGAUUGAGCUGGGUCAGGAGCAGCAGAAGGCCUAUGUGAUGAGACUACUCGAUGCUCUGGAGGUCACUGACCGGGACAAGAGGCUGAAGGUGGCCCGGGCCAUCCUCUACCUGGCACAGGGGGUGUUUGACGAGUGUGACACGGACGCGGACGUGAUCCACUGGUCUCGCCACAACGUGUUCCUGCUGUAUGACAUGGGCAUCUUCACCGCUCUCCUGGAGCUGCUGAGUAUGGAGAUGGAUAACAACCAAGCCUGCAGCAGCACAGUGAGGAAACCUGCUAUCUCUCUGGCGGACAGCACAGAACUCAGGGUCUUGCUAAGCAUCAUGUACCUGAUGGUGGAGACCAUCCGUCUGCAGACAGAGGAUGACAGGCCAGAGUGGAGCACUGCCAGAGAGGCCUUCAAGACUGAACUGGGUUUGUGUGUGUGUUCUCCUCUGUACAACGGAGAGCCAUUCGCCCUGCUGCUCUUCACCAUGGUGACCAAGUUCUGCAGUAUGAACGCUCCACACUUUCCCAUGAAGAAGGUCCUGCUGCUGCUCUGGAAGACCAUCCUGUUCACCAUGGGGGGCUUUGAGGAGCUCCAGGAGAUGAAGGUUCGAGGCAGAGAGAGGCUGAGCCUGCCCCCCCUGCCUGAGGACAGCAUCAAGGUGGUCAGGAGCAUGAGGGCAGCCUCUCCUCCAGCCUCGGCAAUGGAGCUCAUCGAGCAGCAACAGCAGGCCAAGAGAGGACGCCGCAGCCGCAGGCCCCUGGUAAAGCAGGACAGCCUAGACACGUACAACGAGCGAGACCCCUUUAAGAACGACGACGCGCGAGACGAGGAGGAGGACGGCGAGGAAGCCGACAGUGGCAUCGAGGGCGAGGUGGACCCCCUGGACAGUGAUGUCAUCAUCCAGCCACCACCGCCCCCGCUCAGACCCCCCACUGAGAGUGCAUCCCUCCCCAAGGGUCUGCCCUGGGCUCCCAAAGUCAGAGAGAAAGACAUCGAGCACUUCUUGGAGACCAGCAGGAACAAGUUCAUCGGCUUCACUCUGGGAAAUGACACAGAGACACUAGUCGGUCUUCCUAGACCCAUACACGAGAGUGUGAAGACCCUUAAACAGCACAAAUAUGUCUCUAUAGCCGAGAUGCAGAUCAAGAGGGAAGAGGAGCUUCAACAGUGCCCCAUGACCCUGGGAGAAGAGGAUGUGGAUGAGACGCCCACAGAGAUCCUGUAUCUGGGAAUGCUUCCUAACCUGUCUCAGUAUGUGAUUGCCCUUCUGAAGCUGCUGCUGGCUGCAGCCCCCACCUCCAAGGCCAAGACAGACUCCAUCAAUAUACUGGCUGAUGUGCUGCCAGAGGAGAUGCCAAUCACGGUCCUCCAGAGCAUGAAGCUGGGUAUUGACGUGAACAGACACAAGGAGAUCAUUGUCAAGGCCAUCUCUGCACUUCUGCUCCUGCUGCUCAAGCACCUGAAACUCAAUCACAUCUACCAAUUUGAGAUUGUCUCUCAACACCUGGUGUUUGCUAACUGCAUCCCACUCAUCCUCAAGUUCUUCAACCAGAACAUCCUGUCUUACAUCAGUGCCAAAAACAGUAUAUGUGUGCUGGACUUCCCUCACUGUGUGGUCCACGAGAUGCCUGAGCUCACAGCUGAGAGCUUGGAAGCUGGAGACCGUAAUCAGUUCUGCUGGCGUAAUCUCUUCUCCUGCAUCAACCUGCUGAGGAUCCUCAACAAGCUGACUAAGUGGAAACACUCCAGGACCAUGAUGCUGGUGGUGUUCAAGUCUGCUCCCAUCCUGAAGAGGGCGCUGAAGGUCAAACAGGCCAUGAUGCAGCUGUAUGUCCUCAAGCUGCUCAAGAUCCAGACCAAGUACCUGGGCCGCCAGUGGAGGAAGAGCAACAUGAAGACCAUGUCAGCCAUCUAUCAGAAAGUACGACACAGGCUCAACGACGACUGGGCCUAUGGCAACGAUAUCGACGCGCGGCCAUGGGACUUCCAGGCGGAGGAGUGUGCCCUGAGGGAGAGCAUCGAGAAGUUCAACAGCCGUCGCUACGACAAGAACCAGAACGGCGAGUUCGCCCCGGUGGACAACUGCCUGCAAAGCGUUCUGGGCCAGCGCGUUGAGCUGCCGGAGGACUUCCACUACAGCUAUGAAAUGUGGCUGGAGAGAGAGGUGUUUUCACAGCCUAUCCAAUGGGAGGGUCUACUACAACAGGCCCAAUGAGCGGGGAGGACACAUACCAGGGACACAAGCCUACGACUACUGUGAUCUUCAUGUAAAUAUGUGGCAGAAAUAGAACAUCAGUUUGUAGUCACCUGUAUCCAUGCAGAAAUUGUACAGUAAUGGUAUAGACAGUAAUAAUGAUGUCAUGGCAACUUGGCAGGAGCAGGCUCUUACAGUACAACUAUGUGGAAUACUGUGAUUAUUCUGUUAGUCACGACAACCAAUCCAACCACUAUGUCCACUAACUAUAACCGCCAGUACAUUUUUUUUCUCACUCAAUUUGGUUCGCCUCUGUGCUUUGUGGAAUAAUGAAUUUUAGAACCAUUACAUGUCCUCUUUUUUUAUCAUGAAGAUGUACAUUUGAAGUACUGGCACUAUGUUUAGUUUAUGUUGUAAUGUUUUACAUGUGUAUUUAUUCAUGAUCACAGCCAUUAUGUUUCCGUAUGUAAAUCUCAUAGCUGCAGAUGAUAUUGUGGUUGAUAUUUCUAGAAAAAAAAAUGCCUAUUUGUAAAGAAAGUACUGUGUAUUAACAGGCUAACGAUUAAGUACCUUACUGUGAUUUUUUUCAAUUAAAAUAGCAAAGAGGAAUUUCUCAAGCAAGAAUUUAGCCAGGACUGUCUGGAGUUGGAGUUAGCUGUUAGACAGGUUUUGAACUAAUUUAUCCCACCUGUGGCAGGCAGACAAACUCCAUCCUACCAAAACAGGAAGAAACAGCUGUUACAUUUAAAGGGGGCAUUAUCAUUUUCACAGUAUUAUUCCAACCUCCAUGUGGAAAUGUAUAUAAAACACAGGAAAAUCACGUUUUUGGGAGAAUUUAACAUUUCCCCUUUCUAGAUGAAUAGUAAUUUGUGUAAUAUUCCUGUAAGUCAUUGAUCAUCAACUAGAUUCAGCUGUGGGAUGAUUUUUUUAAACUUCUUCACUGGAUGGUCAGGGGGCCGAAACAUAAUUACAAAUCAUUUGUAGACAUAUAAAAAAAACAUAGUAUUUUACAAAGAUAAUAAACGUGUUUACAUUUGUAUAUGAUCACAUUUCUCUAUGCGUGGGAAUACUUGGCAAACAGAUUUCCAAAAUUAAAGUCACUUGGACCUGAUUUCCUGGUGUUUUUCAUGUCUAAGGGGCAAAUAAAAUCUCCCACUGUCCAAAUUCGGCCCACGGCCAGCCAGUGGGGGAACACUGCUGUUAGUAGUAUGUGGUAGUUCAUUUAUGUUUAUAAAGGUCUGUGAAGCCUUAUGCCAGAUCGAGAAAAUAAAGGAUAAGGACACAGGCAAACCUUUUGAGGCUAAGCUGAAGGGUUUGACCAGGGAUUUGGAGGCUUGGGAGGGUUCAUCGGCCCAACGUGGGGAGGCCGUCUCUGGGUAAAUCGAUGGCAGUGUCCCUGACUCCCUCUGGGACCCUGAAGUUCUGUGUGUUUCACUCUCUGCCCUCCCAAAUGUGUCAUGGCUGUCUUGGUUUAGCCCUCAGUCCACCUCCCAACUUCCACAGAGCAGCACAGCAGCCAACCUUGAAUACACGCACAACGACUGAAGAGCUACAAGUGUCCUUGUGAGGCUAUGCUCUCCCUCGCUGAAUACACAGUAGUUGUCGCACAAUGGUGUUGAUUUUUAUGAGAUCUGUUGUCUCGUCAAUUUAUUUCACUGUAAAGUAGAACUACCCGGGGCUGUUAAGGCCAGUACGUAUUCUCUGGUGAGUGUCCUGUAACUUUCUCUCAAGGUUCUGGAACAUUCUCUGAUGACACAAGCACAUAAGACAUGAUCAUGGUCACUUUUUCCUACUAUCUUGUGUAGACUUUAGUGUCUCUCUCUAGAGAAUUUGUGUAGGCGGUGGAGAUGUACUUGGUUGUAUUAUCUUUGUAUUGAACAAUGAUUGUGUAACUGAAUUGUGCUUCUUCGAGGAAACUAAGUCUACCUGGCUGCAGUUUUAUAUUUCUGUUUGAAUGUGUCCUAUUUAAAAGUGUAUUCUGAAAUUUGAUACAAUAUUUCAAAAUGUGACUUGUUAAAAUUCUGUUUUUAGAACACAUAUUCAAAAUGUACUCUCACUCACCAUUUUGGUAUAUGUAGGGUGUUUUGGUAAAUGCACCUACAUUCUUGUCUAUUGAGUCAGCACAAUCUGGGGUAUGUCUCAAAAGUCAUGUCAAGUUUGUCCCACACAGGUGAAGAGAAUGUCAUUUGACCUUUUAGUUCUGGGUUUUCUUGAAUGCAAAAUAUAUUUUUUUAAAUAACUGCUUAUCUUGAGGUUCUCAGGUUUUCAGUAUGUACAAUAAUUCUAAAGUUCAGGAGGUUGUACAACUAUGGCUUUCUCCUCACUACCUAUACAGUAUGUAAGUAUGAAUGCAACUGGUGGACUUGCAAUAACAUGGUAAUAACAAUCUAAGCAUUGAAAAGUAGUCUACACUUGGAUUGGCACAAAGAGUAACCCAACACAAUGUUGAUAAUUUCUUUACACGUUUUUGUUGCAGUUACAACUUUUUUUCAGAAACCCUAACCUCAUGUGACAGUAAUGAGUGGCAGUUUUGAUUAGGAAUGAAUGCCUUACUCAGAGCACCUCUCAUUCAAAACAACGCCAUAUCUAUUUUUCUACCUGAAAUUGUACAAUCACUGGAAAUACUCUACAGUACAUGUAUGUAUGUAUGCAUGUUUGUUGAGUUCUGGCACAGUUGGACGAAGUGUUUCUAGAUGUGUUUUGCAGUGUUUGGAUAUUUCUAUUUGUGUUUUUGUCAUACUUAUAGUUGACUGUAAUAAUAAUAUUGAUUUUGUUCAGGGGUAUGUACAAUCACUGUCCUGCACAGAGGCAUUAUUCUGUUGAAAGACAUAUCAGAGUUGAAACUUGUAAAAUAAUACUGUCCUUCACAUUCUGUAUUUUCUAAAUAAAGAGAUCACUGGUUUUAAUUUAA